CCGGAUACGUUUUUCCGCGGCCAGACCUGGGCUUGGCAAAGUUUGUCUGCCGAUUCCAAAUCGACACUGAGCAAGGAAUCAGCCGAUUCCGAGGUCCAAACGUCGAUCUCUCUUGCAAAGGCCCGUUUUUGUUUUUCGGUAAGAUCUGCAAAGGCCAGUUGAUCGAUCGGUUGUCCUCUCAUUCUUUCUCACUCUCGGUCUCUCCGAUCCGAACAGAGGGAGGCUCUGGAAGCUUCAUUACAGUCUGAACUUCAUGGCGGGACCAGGGAGCUCCAUGCUGUACUCUUUUCUUCUAUCUGCUGUUAUUCUUUCACUUCAGGAAAUGUAUAGGGCGAAGUUGGCAUCAACAGAGUUAUUCACCAUUCUUGGAGGCUUCAUUGGCUCUCUUUUUUUUCUUGUAUUGCUUACCUUCAUCGGAAACUUCCAGGAGACAUGUGGCAUGAGAACUGGUUGGGGUGCUGUUCUAUUGGCAGAAGUAAUUGCUCUAAUUGCUGCUAGCACUGUGCAUCGAGUUUGUAUCACAACAUGCUUCUUGUUCUCUGUGGGAUUGCUUUAUGAGGUUAACAAGAUUUCCGGGGCGAUGCUUUCCGCAAAUGAGGGCAAAACGAAGAGGCAUUAAACAGAGAGCUUUGGGUUAAACCACAAUGGUUCAUCUAUUUCCAUUUUUGGUAGACAUCUUUAUAUGAACCUUGUCUUCUUUAUCCAAUGAUGUAACUUUCUUCUCUUUCGAUAUAUUAGAUUAAGUCUUCCAAAAGGGGAGAAGGUAUGCUAGUUUAAUUUUAUAUAGUUUUCAAAGAGUAAUAUGAGUCAUUGUUGCUUGAGUUAGGCUAA